GACGCUAUAGAAGUUAGAAAAUUCGAACUCUCCAGCGUGACGCAGAAACUAACAUGACGUCACAAAUCGUCUUGACGCGCGUCAAUUGACGCCCAUGAAAUGGCACCUUUAUGCAGAGGUCUGUGCGGCGACCCAUAUUCUUUGAAAUAGAUGAUAAUUUUCUAACCCUUAAUAAAUGUUUUUAAAUAUAGAUAUUGCGGACUUUGUAAUCAUUACGAAAGCAUGACAAGCAUGAUGAAUAGGAAUUUUAUGUUAACCUCAAGAAUAGUUUACUCCGAACAAAGCGGCUAAUUUAAAGAAUAGAGAUUAACAGUAUGUCCACGUAAACAGAAUAUGGCAGAGAAAGGUGCACAUUUGACUGGAACCGCGUACAUCAGGCCUUCUAUCUUUGAAAUUAUUGCACAGGAAUCACUUGCAUCUACUCUUGAACCAGCUUUUAAAAAGAUUCUUUCGUUUCUCAUAUCUUUCAAUCCUGAAAGAUAUGGGCAUAUUCUUCAAUGGGCAGACGAAGGUUAUUUAAUUUUUAAUGUGUUUCUUCAACGAUAUUAUCUAAAGAGAUAUUCUGCGUCAUUUUCUGAAACAUUUUACGGUUUGAAGCGUGUCACUGUAAUUAAUAACAAAUUAAAGGAAAAAUUAUCGCAUAAACAACAAAUAUUAUCAUUAAUAUUUAUUGUGACAUUUCCAUAUUUAAAAAAUAAACUUUCACAACUCAGUUUAAAAUAUAAACUUCGAGAAGAAAAUGGUUAUGAAUCAAGAGAGAGGGAACAAAAAUUCUUCCGUAAAUGUAUCGUUAAAGGACAUUCAAUUCUCUUUGUAACAUACGAAACUCUCAUGCUGUAUAAUUACAUACUUUAUAUAUCUGAGAAAUCGAUGUACCCCUCACUCUUGCUGAGGCUACUGUCUGUUACGCUGACAUACGCUGAGCCGCAAUCCGCUCUCACUAUUGCUGAAUUAUUGAGAAAAAUAAAAUACAAUUCAUUUACUUUUGGCGAUGGAUGGAAUAUCUUCCAAAGAAUCGUUACUGGAUCUCUUGAACUGGGAGCAUUUUUCUUACAGUUUCUUUCUUGGUGGAACCAAGAGAAUUAUAAUAUAGAUAUUAUGAGUCUUCCCACUCCACCACCACCAAAGGUUUUAAACAUAGCACAAUAUAAAGGAAUUUGUCCGCUUUGUCGUAAGCCUCAACAUAUACAUACCGUGCUUAUGGUAUCUGGUUACGUAUUUUGCUACCAGUGUAUUUUAUCGGAAAUAAGAAUAAAGAAGAAAUGUCCAGUAACACAUUAUCCUGCCAAAGAAGAUGAUUUAAUACGUUUGUACAUAGAAUAAUAUGUAUAAUGUUAUGUUAUAUACAUUAUAAAUAUAUAUGUGCAUAUUUAUAAUUUUGUAUAUAGAGUAUUCCGAAUUUAAAUGUUAAAACUCCAGGAACGGAAGAUUGGUACAAGGUCUUUUACAGAUUUUUUAUUUUAUUUUGAAGAAAGUCAUAAAAACAAAAAUUUUUAAUAAAUCUCUUUAUUACUUAUUUACACAGAAUUCAUAUAUAAAAAUAUAUCUUUGGUUUAAUAACAAUGCCUCUUGUAAAUGUAGCUUUAACUGUUCACAUUAUUUUGGAUGGAAAUGAAUUCACAUUUUAAAAUGAUUUAAGAAGCCUAACAAUUCUUCUAACAUUCAAUUUCUUAAUACAAUCUUGAGAUAAUAAGUUGUUUUUUGAAAA